GUAAACGGAUUAAAGCAAUAAACAAAAAUUCUUAACAUUUUUCUUUUCUGUUCUGAUUAUUUUAAGACCGUACUCUCGAAGUUGUAUUUAGUACGAUUUAUGAAUAAAAACGAUUAACGAAAACGACCGCAAUAACUUAGUUAUUCAAUUAAUAUCAUAUAAGUAAAAGUCCUGAAAAGUCUUUGUUAGUGGCGUACCUCACAGUUAUGCCGAAAUAUUAUUGUGAUUAUUGUGAUACGUAUCUGACGCACGAUUCGCCGUCUGUGAGGAAGACCCACUGCCAGGGCCGAAAGCACAAGGAUAACGUCAAGUUUUAUUAUCAGAAGUGGAUGGAAGAACAGGCACAGAACCUGAUCGAUGCUACGACGGCUGCAUUUAGAGCUGGAAAGAUCGGUAUGAAGGGAGUAUGUAUACCGCCACCAAACAUGGGCCAAUCGGGGCCACAAAUGUCUAUUGCACCAGGUUCGAUCAUGCCACCCGGGCAGAUGCCCAUGGCCGCACCUCCAAUGAUGUCCAUGACACCAAUGAUGCGACCACCCAUGGGACAGAUGCCGAUGGGUGCGCCACCACAAAUGAUGCCUCCGAUGCCACAAAAUAUGAGACCACCUAUGAUGAGAAAUCCACCUCCCAAUGUCCAAGCUCAAUAAAAUAAGUAUGCUUUUGCGUUUGAUCAUUCUCAACAAAACUGAUACUCUUUAAGUCUUAUGAAUUUUAUUCCAAACUGUUCUUAU